CGAUUCUGUAACUCAAGUGAGAUCAUUCACUUUUCGCACUUUCAUCUCACGCGAAGUUGUUCGCGCGAUUCUGUAACGUCGAAGUGAAAAUUCGAAAUUACUAGAUGUGACAUAGUGGGGAAAAUCGUUUUGUCGAGCUGUACCGUCUUUUUCGUCGUUUUUACGUUACGGCUGAGUUAGACUAGGUUAGUUGGUGAUUAUAAAAAUAAUUGAGAAGAAAAUGAAUGUGACAGAGAAGCAAAAACAAAUAAUUGUUAAUUUUAUGAGAUCUCAUCCUGAUUUCGGUAGAGGCAGAUUGCGCUAUAACCGCGAAAAUAAAAGAAAAAUAGAUGAAUUAUGGAACGAACUCACAGCAACUCUUAAUUGUGCAGGAUCCGGUCCUCAAAAGUUGUCAAAAGAAUGGGCAAAGACAUGGCGUGACUGGAAGUCAAAUUUAUUAAAAAGAGUAGCUACAUAUAAAAGUCAUGUAGCAGGUACUGGAGGAGGAGCACCAAAAAUUUUAGAUACAAGCCCUUCUGAGGAUGAUUUAUUGGAAUUUCUGACACCUGAAGCCAGUGGGAUGCCUAACAUUCCUGAAGGAGGAGCAAUUGAUGAUGAUAAUUUAUUAUNACAGAAUUGUUUUACUUCAAACACCUUGAAGGAGAAUUUCGAUUCUCAGAGUUUGCUAGACUUCACUUCUACUUCUUCGACUGCCAAAAAAAAUAGGAUGCCACAGAAUUUUGAGGAUUUUUCCAUGUGGCAAACCACCAGACCCUCACAGAGUUUGCAGAAUUCUUGGAAGAAUUCCAGGGAGAUGUCGUCCUCCCAGAUACUACAAAAUACGGUUCCUUCCUGGCAGAUCAAUGUUGAGGAAGACUCCUUGGACACCAGUGACGUAAUAAAUUUUGAGAAAAAGAAUCUCCUAUCAAAUACAUCCUCCAAUGUAUUUACUAACAUAGAAAAUGUAAAAAAAAAGACACUAAAAGAGAGAGAAGUACAGUGCAUUAAUUCCAGUAUUAAAAAUAAGAGANGUAGUGAUGACCAAGAUACUUAUAGAAAGAUAAAGAAGCAGAACGUAAAACACUUAUUUGAACANCACACUUCGGACUACUGCAAUAUUCAAGAGCGAAUGUUAAAAUUGAAAGAAGAAAGAUUGACUGUAGCCAUAGAAGAACUCGAAUUUAUGAAAAAAGCUCAUCAAAAACAUACGGAGCUCCUGACAUCGUUAGUUGAAAAGGUUAAUGAACUAACGAAUAUUAUGCAAUCUAUUGCUCCGCAAUAUUUAGAAUAAAUUUAGAAUAUAAGAAUAAAGUAUUUGACAUAUAUUUUGUUGAAAUGUAAACAUAUACUUCGUUGAAAUGUAAACAUAUUUUAUUGAAAUGUAAACAUAUUUUAUUGAAAUGUAAACAUAUAUUAAUUUGAAG